CUUAAUUUUCUCUGUUAUUCAAACAUCAAUUUCAUCUUCAUUAGUUUUUGGGAUUCCUGCAACAGCAAGAAUGCAAAAUCAGGGACAAGUAGAUGAUUUAGGGUUCUGUCCGAGCUUUAAUUGCUACUCUUCUGAUAGUCUAGCCUCUACGGCUGCCACUAGAGUGAGUAGUCAAUUACUGCAAGAACAGGUUGCUCGAUUUCAUGAUGUUGGUGAAGAGGAUUUUGAGUUCUCAUUGGUGCUCGAUGAUGAACAAGUUUCAGUCCGAGAUGCAGCUUCCGAAGGCCGCGUGGUUUUUCCUCUUUUCAACCGUGAUCUACUGGUUAAAGAUGAGGGAGAUCGUGAGGCUGUACAAGGAAAGGUUGAUGAUGAUCAGGAAGAUGCUUGUUCGGCUUCGUUGGAGAAAUUGUUUAUCACCGAACGGGAAGAAUCUGCAUCUUCGUCAUCGUCGGAAGCGGACGAAUCGGAAAGUGAAGCUCCUGGAGUCUUCUGUGCGUGGAGACCUAAAAUGGAUAUCGGAUCAUCGCCUCUUAGCAAAUGUAAAAAAAGCAGUUCUACCGGAUCGGGAUCAAAACGUUGGAGAAUCAGGGAUUUACUCCGGCGGAGCAACAGCGAAGGGAAGGAGCCGAUGGUGUUGUUGACUCCUAAGAAGGUUGAGGUUCCGAAACAAAAAAGGAAAUCCGGAGAAGUCUCCAUAGUUUCCGGCAAAUCUAAACCGUCGAUUCAUGAAUUGUUCUACGUGCAACAAAGAGCUAAGCGUGAAGACGGUAAGAGGAAAUCAUAUCUACCGUACAGGCAAGGUCUAGUAGGGUUCUUCACAAAUGUCAAUGGAAAGGGGAACAAAUUCCCAUUCUAGAUUAUCUCGUAAAACCCAAUUUUGUUUCCCUUCAUCUAAUACUGUAACCCAAUUCAAUCCUUAUUUAUUGUAAAUAUCGUUUCGUCAGAUCUUUUCCUAUUUGCAAAUUCAAAA